AUGGGAAAAUCAAGACCUCACAACAAGAAGGCCUCCAAAUCUCGCUCGAAGUCCGUUUUGGGCGCUGGCGGCUCGGUUUCGAAACAGAAAAUGAACGAAGACCCCUCUAAGCUCCUCGAGCAGGCCACGAUACAGCUCCAGACCGGUCAACCGGAUGUGGCACUUUCGUUAGCUCAGCAAGCCCUGAACAAUGCGCCGGAUAAUUCUCCAUCUCAAUUAGUGGCACUUAAUACCGUUGGGGAGAUCUACGUUGAACUGGGCGAGAUCGAUGUUGCGAAACAACACUUUAUGCGUGCCAUCGAGCUCGACCCGAAUGGCACAAUCCCUGAGGCUCAAGGAGGCGGCGCUGAGAAGUUCCUAUGGUUAGCUCAAUUGAGCGAACAGGGUGGGAAGGACAGCGUUCAAUGGUUCGAGAAGGGAGUGUCGUCGCUCAGGCAUAUUAUCCAGCAGCUCGAGCAGAAACCUGGCCCUGAGGAAGCGCUUGAGCUGGCCGAGAAGAAGCGCAAGAUGGCGAAUGCCCUAUGCGGUGUUGCUGAGAUCUACAUGACCGAUCUCUCGUGGGAAGAAGAUGCGGAAAACCGUUGCGAAUCACUCAUCACAGAAGCCCUCCUUGUCGCUCCGAAUGCGCCCGAAGUACUACAGACCCUCGCAUCAAUCCGUAUCUCGCAGCUACGGACAGAAGAGGCUCAAGCAGCGCUCACGAGGAGUCUCGACCUUUGGAAAGACCUACCGCCUGAGGACUUGUCCAUUCCUGAUUUCGCGACAAGAAUCAGUCUUUCACGUCUCCUGAUGGAGGUCGGCAUGGAGCUUGAGGCUUUGGAGGUGCUGGAACGCCUAAUCUUGGAGGACGACCAAAGUGUGGAGGCAUGGUAUCUUGGAGGAUGGUGUCUGCAGCUCCUAGCCGGGAAGCAACAAGCACCCAAGGAUGCCGCUGAAGAGGACGGCAACACCCCAGAGGCCAGGCGCCAUGCAUCACUCGUGGCUAGUCGCGAAUGGCUCAAACAAAGCUUAACGCUGUACGAUCUCGUUCAGUAUGAGGAUGAGAGACUCAAGGAACACGCACUGGAGUUGGUCCAAGAGAUGAACAAGGAGAUUGGAGAAGAUAUGGAUGAUGAUGAGGCCGGGGAGGGUGAGGAAGAUUGGGAGGACGAGGAGAUCGAGACGGCGCCGGAUAAAGUAGGAUCCGACCGCUUUCCCCGGGCGAUAACCAGAGCCAAAUUUAUUCCGGCAAUUCGACUUCGAGUGGCAAAUAGCUCAAUGUGA